CCCCACCCCCACCCUUUUUUAUAACUCUCUCUCUCUAGCCUUCUCUCACUCUACAUUCACCUCCAACCACCACUACAACCGCCCUACCACCGCCGCGCCGCCGCCCUACACUAGGCCUCAACUUUUGUCGACGAGGGCUUCUUUUGAGCAUCGAGCAAAUUUGUUAGUAUAAAACGAUCUUGUCGCGUUAUUUAGAAAGGGAAAUUAAAUGGGAGAGAUGCCGGGAUUCCAAGUAGGCGUGAUCGGCGCAUUAUUCCUCUCGGUGGCGUCCUCCGUGUCUAUUGUUAUUUGCAACAAAGCUCUUAUGAGCAAUCUCGGGUUCCCGUUUGCCACGACGCUCACAAGUUGGCACCUAAUGGUGACGUAUUGCAGCCUUCACGUGGCGCUCCGAUUGAAUUUUUUUGAGAACAAACCGAUCGACAUGAAGACCGUGAUGCUAUUUGGAAUCUUGAACGGAAUCUCCAUUGGAUUCCUCAACCUCAGCUUGGGAUUCAACUCCAUUGGAUUCUAUCAGAUGACAAAACUUGCAAUAAUCCCUUUCACAGUCAUGUUGGAAACUCUCUUCCUCAAGAAGCAAUUCAGCCAAAAAAUAAAACUAUCUUUAGGGUUGCUGUUGGUGGGAGUGGGAAUUGCUUCUGUGACAGACCUCCAACUUAAUGCUUUGGGUUCGAUCCUCUCUCUCCUUGCCAUCAUUACCACAUGCGUCGGCCAAAUUCUCACAAACACAAUACAAAAGCGGUUGAAUGUAUCGUCGACCCAAUUGUUGUACCAAUCGUCGCCAUUUCAAGCGGCAAUCUUGUUCGUCUCCGGCCCUUUCUUGGACCAUUGCCUCACCAAUCGCAACGUCUUCGCCUACAAGUACUCGCCUAUCGUUUUGGGAUUCAUACUUUUGUCGUGCCUUAUCGCUGUGCUCGUGAACUUCAGCACGUUCUUGGUCAUCGGGAAGACAUCACCAGUUACAUACCAAGUAUUGGGCCAUCUCAAGACAUGUCUUGUCCUCGCGUUCGGCUACACCUUAUUACACGACCCCUUCACCCUCCGCAAUGUCAUUGGUAUCCUCAUCGCCAUCGCCGGCAUGGGAAUGUAUUCCUAUUAUUGCACCAAUGAGGCCAAGAGGAAGCACGAUGGCGAUGACAUUCCCCCCGCCCCUCCUUCCUUGUCUUCGUCCCUACAACAACAGGUGAAAGAUAAGGAUACGACGCCAUUGUUGUUGAGCCAUCAAGAUAGAGAGUCCAAAGACUCACUUGCCUGAGUGGCUAAAGCCAUUAAUGUUUGUUUUGUUUGGCUUUAAAAGAUUAUUAUUGUUUUGAUUUGUUCAGAUAUUAAUGUAAAAAUAUUUGGAUA